CGUAUUCGUCCUCAUUUCCGUAUCGGGAAGUAAACCGCAAUACGUGCAACACCAAAAAGCUGCUUGCAAUAGCAACAAUCCGUCAACCAACUAUUACAACAAAAAGAGUAGUGUAGUAAAGCCGUUAUUAGCCGGAUUAGCUGCCUUCAAACGACGGCAGCGGUAGAAAUGGAGGCUCCGCUGGAAGAGGAGACACCUGCCGGAGCCUUGGCCGGGAUUGAGGGGCUCGACCUCGGAGGGGAGUUGAAAGCAUCCGACGAAGCGCUCACGUUCCUGUCCAGUAUUGAGCCUGCAGAGCUGCUGAAGUGUGUGUUCCCAGACUCUCUGGUGACCGUGUCAGAGGGGGGCCGUGACCUGGGGAGAUUCAGUGUGACGGUGGAGUUUGCCCGAAGAGUCCAGCAGCCAUGUCUGCUCCUGCAUGCUCAGAGCCAGGGAGCCAUCGACGACUCCCCCUGUGGGACUACAGUGACAGCCUACCUAACCACGGAGCUGGAGGUGCUGGAGGAAGACUACCAUGAGUAUGUCAAGCUUGAUGGUCACAGUUUGGACAUGAAGUGUCACAUGGUGCAGCAUGACGGACAGAUGCUGAUCAAUAAGGUUACCACUGUAGGAGAGGAGACAACAAUGAAGAGCGUCUCUUAUCCCAUGUCUGUCCUAAACGGGCUCGUUACCGAAGGGUCCAACUUGCUGCUCAUGCGCCUGUUCGCUCUUAGGAGGAAGGUGCCUGAGCACAUGACCUUGAUCUCCUUUGACCAGGGAUUACACAUCCUCCAAACCACUUUUAGCGAGCUGGGUCUGAAGCAGUUGGAGGUUGGGGAUGACACCGUAGAAGUUUUUGGGGUGGAGGAGACUGUUGACUCUUCGGGAGACAGUCCCAUUACCUGGCAGUGCUACUUCCUAGCGGAUGGGCACAUGGCCAGCAGAGUGCAGGUGGGAUCACCAGUUUCUAUGAGGCUUCUGCAGCUGCAAUCACAGCUAGAAAAAGGUAAACCCCUGUCACACACCCCUAGAAAACAUUUUCUCAUGAAACAUAGUCACAAUGUCUGUGUGAUAGGUUUUGAGAAGAUCCCUCUGGUUUGGGAAGAAGACAUGCAGAUGCGCUCCAAGUUUUGGGACAGAAAGGAGGAGCUGAAGGCGGACCAUACCUCGUACCUGAGACGUCAUCCAGAGAUCCGGGCCCUCACAGCUGACUUCCUGGAGUCUCUGCUGUUGAGAAAACCAGAUGACGUCUUUAAGUUUGCCAGAGAGUACUUUGCCCCUUUUGCCCCCAGCCGUCUUCUAGAAACAAGCCCGAAAGCCUCUUCACUCUGAAAGGACAACCCUGAGUUCACAUGCUAAAAAAGCAUUUCAUAUUAUUCAUCCUUUCAACUUCAUUCUGAAUUUUAGAAUUGUAUUUGGUUAAGUUAUAUCUUCUCUCUUUUUCUUGAGAAAGGAGAGGACUAUCAGUAGCCGAUAAAAUUAAACUUAGUAGGUAGUUGUAAAAACAAAUACUUAGCUGUGUGAUUUUGCAAAAAAAACACAACCUCUGUGAUCUGAAUAAAGUGUUUUGUUUCAAACAGUUAGGGACGUUUCUGUUUUGGUGCUGUCAAUGUCGUUGGAUGAAAGAAGUCAAGACACGUCUGUUAAUUGGUUUAAAAGUCACAUUAGCAAAAAAAAAACUGUCCGUCUUCAAAAUUCAAAAGAAAGUUAUGUAGUUAGAAAGUCAAUGGAACCCUCACGGGCGCAAGCGGCGAGUUCACGGUUUUGGGCUGUUUUGAGGCACAUAAACAGCGAGGGGAAGGAAGCAGCUAGCUGCUGGCUGGAACACAAAGUGUAUACUUGUUGGGUGUGGGUGAGUUAAAUCGAGUAGGAAGUGGGGUGGGAUAGUAUCAGCCGACGGCCUGUGUAGCGACAUGUAUUCAAAUAAACAGUCGCUGAGAGGCUAAGUUAUGGGUGUAGCGGAUUGUGACGCGCUGUACCAAAGAAAAAUUCCGCUCCGAUCCAAUGAUGCGUUUUGACAGGUUUAUUGAAGUAUUAGUCCAACAUAAACCGGUAUGCAUAACGUGCUCAAAGUAAAAGAAAAAUCACAACUGUAGCAGCGUAGCAAACAGCGGCGCAGCAGCAGCAAGCAUGUUGCUAUCAAUCCAAUCAAUUAAAUGGGUUUUUAGUUUGUAGACACAUUACUUGCUUAUUAUGCUGUUUUAACAUACUUGAAUAUUGGCUCUGCAAUACAAUAUAAAUUCAAACCAGUAAAGAAAAUCAGGUGUACCUCUUCAGUAAAAGUCAUUGAAU